CAUGUUAAAUUUACUCUCCACGAGUCGCUAACUCAAUCAUGGCGGCGUCCACAGGCAGCACCGAUGGGUCGAUGUCGGGCUCAAUAUCACCUGAUUCGAGCCCAGAAAUGGCUCAAUUUCAGUACAGUACCCUCCUGGAACACCUAAUCGGAGAAAAACGGCAAAUAAAGGAGCUAAACCCCACAAUAAUGGGCGGCCUUCCGAGUCCUCAUAAGACUGAUGAGCAGAAGAUGAUUGAACGAGGGAUGGAGAGCUGUGCUUUCAAAGCGGUGUUGGCCUGUGUAGGAGGGUUUGUGCUGGGAGGCGCGUUUGGUGUUUUUACUGCAGGCAUCGAUACCAACGUCGGAUUAGACCCCAAGGAUCCCAUGAGGACACCGACAGCAAGAGAAGUGCUGCGGGACAUGGGACAAAGGGGCAUGUCGUAUGCCAAAAAUUUUGCUAUUGUGGGCGCGAUGUUUUCUUGCACCGAAUGUUUGAUUGAAUCACACAGAGGCAAGUCUGACUGGAAAAAUGCUGUUUACAGUGGCUGUGUGACUGGGGGAGCAAUUGGAUUCAGAGCUGGGCUCAAAGCAGGAGUACUCGGGUGCGGAGGCUUUGCAGCUUUCUCUGCGGCAAUAGAAUACUACCUACGAUGAACACCACGAGGGGACACUUUAAUUUGCAUUCGUGCCCUGCUGGUUCUCAAUGGAUUUACCCAAGCUGUCUGAGAAACUUCCGGAAUUUGCCGGAGAUUGACAGUUACAGUGGAAUUAUGUGUAGUGUAUCUAAGGACGAUGUAUAGCAGGGGUGUCCAGUCUUAUUCAAAAAGGGUCGGCGUGGGUGCAGGGUUUUGUUUCAUCUCAGCCACUACAACAACUGAUUCAGUGAAUUAACUGCUUAUGGUCUUCAAUCAACACCUUGGUAAAUAGAAUUGGAUGUCUUAGUGCUGGGUUAAAACAAAGAAACCUGCACCCACACCGGCCCUUCCUGGAUAUGAUUGGACACCGCUGGGCUGUGGGGACCAGAUGUGAUGUUGUGUUUUGUCCGCAAAGAUUGUACAUAGAAACAAGGCUGCUCAACUCCAGGGAAGCAUCGGAGCCAUAAUUACACCAGUCGGUUUCUUUGAUGAAACUCAGCUCUUUGUCUUGCUCUUAAGAGUUUAAAACAAAGAUGCGUAAACCCCGUGGGACUGUGCCCCCUGAAAACUGGGGCUGAGCUGUAAAACAUGGAUUUUCAAACAGUUUGUUCAAUAUUUAUUGUAAAAAAAAAAAAUUAAUCAAUGCCUAUAUUAAACAAGUUAUUGUAAUGCCAAUAACCUUUUCUAACUCAACUCUGUUGCCAUUUGUGGUCAUUAAAUGAAAUUCUUGAGGUACAGUGUGCCCUCCAAAAGUAUUUACACCCUUGAUAUAGAAGAAAAGAUUGAGAUGAACUGAGAUGAAGUGCAAAAUAAUUGGAAAAAGUAAUUCUGACAAUCUUUUCCACCUAGGAAUUUUAUUAGUAUUAAAGAAUGUUUUUUGAGCAUACAAUACAGUUGUAUCUGUGUUUAUUUUAUAGCCUUCUUUGCUUUUCUUUUUCAAGGGUGAAUAAUUUUGGAGAGUGCUGUAUGAAUUUCAGAUUUACUAACAAUAUCUAUGUUAGUAGCAGACAAUUAAAGUUGUUGUGUAAUACAAGUUAUUUAUGCUUGCUGCAGUGUGUGCACAGCAAACUUUUUAAACAAAGUGUAAAGGACACCAAAUACACAGUUUCCACAAAA